AUGCCAAUAUGCUACGAACUGCUGCCCCUUCCACCGUAUUCUCCGGUUUUGGACCCGUGCGACUUCUUUUUAAUUCCAAAUUUGAAAAAGUCACCAGCCGGGCAGAAAUUUGAGUGGAAUGAGGCGGUUAUCACCGCCACGGAGGCCUACUUUGCAGAUCUCCAAAAGACGUAUUUUUCAGAUGUGUUAAAGAAGUUGGAACACCGCUGCGUCGAGUGUGUCGAACUCAAAGGAUGUUGA